CACCCUCAGAUGUAUUUCUGCCCCCCUUUGACAUCUAACCAACAGGACUGAAGCCAUAUUGGGUGGCACUGACACCCCCUCCCCUAGAUACACGUACGUCCACUCUCUGAAACUGGAGAUGAGACAGGCCCUAGCAAAACCUGACAGAGAGUUAGCGAGGGGAAAUGCAAAACAACGAAAGACUAAGCCAGGCAGCAAGAUAGUUUAGAGAGACAGAGAAGAGGUGACAGAAAAAGAGACCUAAAGACUGAAAAUGGAAUGAGACACCUUACCCAAUAUUAGGUCUUUAUUUCUUACAUGCGUAACUGUUGGCUGUACUUGAUAUAAACAUGGCAAAUAGAGCACAUAGUGACUCGGUAGUAGACAGAAGAUAAUAAUCUGGCAAGGCAGCUAAAGCAAGCAUAUGGUUUAUAAGAAUUAUUUUUGGAGACUGAACAUCAGCACGAUAUCAACAGCCGUGGUCGCUUCAAAGAUGAGCACUGACAGCUAUUGAGAAUAAUGGAACGCUGAGGCACAGCCAUGCUGUGUAUGGGCGAGAGGUACCCAUCAGAAUUUGGUGACCGCACAGAUGUGGAGCCAGACUUGCUCAAUUUCAAGAAGGGAUGGAUGUCCCUGCUUGAUGCCAAUGGAGAGUGGAAGAAGCACUGGUUUGUCCUGACCGAUUCCAGCCUCAAAUAUUACAGAGAUUCCAAUGCAGAGGAGGCAGAUGAGCUGGAUGGGGAGAUCGAUCUCCGGACUUGCACCAACGUGCCUGAAUUUGCUGUACAGAGAAAUUAUGGCUUUCAGAUUCACACACACGAAGGUGUGUUCACACUUUCUGCUAUGACUUCUGGGAUACGCAGGAACUGGAUUGAGGCGCUGAGAAAAAAUGUGCACCCUGUCAGCAUCCCUGAUGUAACCAAAUUGUCUGAGAGUAACAAGGAGAAUACCUUUGUUCCUCAACGCAACACAACUAGUCGGCCUGAAGAGUUACGUUUGGGAUCUGAGGCCAAGCAUCGGAAAGUUGAAUUCACCGGCACCCGACACAGUUCAUUCGAUUAUGUCGAACUUUCCCCUCUUUCUCCAGGGGAGGAGCGGGAUCAGAGGUUAACAGAACGUAGACGCUGGUCCGAAGCACCGCCUAUGGGAGAGGCACAUACAUCCCGUCGCGUUGCUCCACUGCUUACGGAGGAGCAUAAGAAGAGAGCUAAUGAGGAAAUAGAAGCAAAGUGGAAAGAGCUAGAACGGUUUCCCCUUAGGGAUUCAAAACAGACAUCCCUGACUUGUCUUUUAGGAGGAGGCAGAAACAAACUAGGCCACAACACAGGAGCACUAGAAAAAGAGAUUCAAAGCCUAAAGAUACAGCUGGAAAAUGCUAAAAAAGAGCUACAGUCUCAGAAAUCAAGAAGGGAGAGUGCUGUACCUACUGGCUAUAUUUCACAGGAGGCCUGUGAACUAAGUCUUUCUCAGAUGGAGGCUUCUCACCAACAGCUGAUGUCUGAGUUUCAGAGACACCAUGAAUGGGAGUUAAAGAGACUACGGCAGGAGAAAGAGCAGCUGCUUGCAGAAGAGACAGCUGCCACAGCAUCUGUGAUCGAAUCUAUUCGUAAUGCACAUAAAGAGGAGCUGCAGAGAGAGGUGGAGAAAGCCCGGUCAUUCCAGCAUGGAGGUUCUGCAUCACAAGAUUUGCUUCGCCGACAAAACCAGUCUGAAAUGGAAUCUUUAAGGCGGGAAUUGCAGGCUAUAUCUGAGCGUUACUCCCAGAAAUGCCUACAGAUUGGUGCACUGAACCAAACUGGAGAGGACAGGGAGAAAGAACUACAAAGAUGUCAGACAGAGGGACAGGAACUGCUGAGACAGAAUCAGGAACUGAACAAACGUCUGUCAGAGGAAAUCGGGAAGCUGCGAUCAUUAACUGCAGGCAAUGGCCCUGGUGAUGUAACUCGGCAAGGAGAAAAAAACAGCACAGAGCUUGAGGUGUUACUUCGUGUGAAAGAAAAUGAACUCCACUGUUUGCGUAAGGAAAUUUCCUGCCUGCGUGAAGAUCUUGAGAAUAUGCAGAAGGAUAAGCGUUAUGCCUCAGAGAAAUACAAGGAUAUUUACAUGGAACUCGGCAAUAUUAAGAGUCGCUCAGAGCGUGAGAUCGACCAGCUAAAGGAACACUUGCGGUUGGCAAUGGCAGCGCUGCGUGAAGAGGCCACACUGCGGAAUAGUGUAGGAGAAUGAGUAGUUCUCUGUUCCAACAAGAUGGAGAUGGAUCCUAUCCACACAUAAGAACACUGUGACAUCAAGACUCCACCUCUUGCUCCACAGACCUGCUUCCUUUAUAUGUGAAUCACAGAUUUUAUACAGUUCGUAUUUUUUAUUAUUAAUGGGGUAUUUCUUUUCUGUGUGCGUAUCUCACAGCCGACUCAACGUCACAAGGUCACAUAGCCUGGAAGAGUUUCCAUUUGUGCAGAGGCCUGCUGGUAAAUCACCGCAUUAUCUGUUACAGAUGUUUAAUUGUAAAUGAUUGUAUUUAAACUUCAGUUGUGGAUGUGAGGGGAGCAGUGGUAAACACUGGAGUGGCUUAUGCAUUGUGUUAAUGGCACUGGAUGAGGUUGGGAUGUUGUAAGAGUGCUGGGUGUGGUAGGGGAGCAGUGGGUGCUAUGGGCAGCAAGAACAACUGCAGGGUGGGAAGAAUGAAAAACACCGGGCCUUCAAUUUUGAUGCUUUGCUAUCCUAUAUAACAUACCCUGUGAACAGCUGAGCAUUUUAGAAGAUUAGUAUUGCCUAUCUAAGAUACCCGGCCAUUGCUGCUGUUACUGUAUUGUUUUCACGGAAGCUUUUUAUUUGCAGUCAGGUCAUUAUGGUAUAGCUGGAAAGGAUACGGCUUUUGGUGCUAAAUCACACUGUCCGAACAGAAGUGUGGACAGUAGGCUACGGCUUGAAGAUACUGUGCAUUUAAGUGAAUCAGAAAGGCUCUGAAUUUGUACAGCCCCACCAGAUGUACCACAUACCUCUUCAUAAUCUCUUCUGGCUUCCACAUUCUGCUCACCCACUGUAAAUGUGCGUAUGUCUGCAUAAGUUGACCUUAAAGCGUCAUAUUUUUAUGGAGUAAAAAAAAAAUAGUCCAAUCAUGUCAAGCAGCCAAGGUAUCAUUUUUAUUGUCUUUCUAAUUUUGUAUUUUUAACAUCCCACGUCCUCCAAGUUUGCACUGAAUUGCUUAGCGCAGCGAAUCAUAAAACAGUACUUCAUGAACAAACAGACCUGCACUUAAAUACACCUUAUUUAUUAGCAGGGUGUAUCUUCCAUUUAUUUCCCCUUUAAUAAGAAACUGUCAGUGCUGGUAAAGUCCCUGUUCAGCCAGGAAGGAUUAGACCAAGAGAUGGAGCUGCAGUGAUGACAAUCAGCCAUGUUAUAAACUGAGCCUGGUGUCUGUGCUGCUGCCGAGGCCCAGAGGAGCGUUUCACAUAGUCCUUCAGCCUUCUGAAUCCAAGAAUGCAAUAGACUAAGGGGGUUAUUUACUAAACUCUGAAUGCAAAAAUCACGAAAAAAUAGUGAUUUUUUUUUUUAAAUAAAAGCGAACUUUCAAAAAAUAACACAUUUUUCGGAAUUUAUUAAACCCAGAGGAUCCGAUUCCGAAUCUGAAAAUCCGGCAUUUCAGACCUGUCGAGGUUGAAUAUAAGUCAAUGAGAGAAGUUCCAAUUAUUUUAUUUUUUUUCAUGUGCACUGGGUUUCGUGCAAUACUCCGGAGUUUUCUGCUGAAAAUUCCGAAAAAAUCAUGAAAAUCGGAUGGAAAAAAUCUUGAAAAUCUGAUUUUUUUUUUUUCCCCCUGCAAUGCAAAUUUUGAGGCUAAAUCUAAUAAUAGAUAAGCGUAAAAAACCCGAGCAGAUUUGAUCUGAGUUUAUAGUUGAAAAUAUUGAGAUAAAUUCGAACUUUGAUAAAUAACCCCCUAAAAGUGUAGUGCAACACCCUUGUGAUUGAAGGCUAAAGCUGCAGGUUUUGUAUUUAAAUGGUUCUGCUCAACUGACUAAAACAGAAAGGAACAGGGAAGAAACUUCCAAAUGUUUCUUUUUAUAUUUGCAUUUACACAUACAAAGUUAGGCCUAUCUUUUUGUUUUGCCAUGACUAAGGCUUCCAGGGAUGCAGGAGCUAUUGUGAGUUGCCAGCUAAAAUCCCUAUGGGUAUGGGCAUAUAAGCAGAGAAGGAGUGUUCUUUAUUCUCUUACUUGUGGAAGG